AUGGGUUACGAAGACGACAUUUCCAACGGUCAUGACUCCGGCAAGUCCGUAGAGCAUGACAACGAGAAGAAGGCCUAUGCCUCCCCACCACCUUUCGAAGGCGCCAUGCUGGGGGAAAUGACCGACACUGAACAAGCGAUCUAUGACCACGGUAUUAAGAAGUACAGCCGUCUGGGAUGGAAGCGACUCACUGUGGUACUUAUUGUCGAGGCCAUCGCUCUGGGUAGUCUGUCCAUCCCUUCCACAUUCGCCAGUUUGGGCAUGGUUGCGGGUGUCAUCUGCUGUGUCGGAGUCGGUCUGAUUGCCAUCUAUACCAGUUAUAUUGUCGGUCAGGUCAAGCUGCUCUUUCCCGAGGUUGCCAAUUAUGCCGACGCGGGUCGCCUCAUGUGGGGGAAAUGGGGUUAUGAGCUCAUUAACUUCAUGCUGGCUCUCCAGUUGAUUUUCCUUACUGGAUCCCACUGUUUGACCGGUACUAUCGCCUGGCAAAACAUUACAGAAUCAUCGAUUUGCUCUAUAGUAUUUGCUGUGGUAUCUGCGAUAAUUCUUUUCCUUUUGGCUAUUCCUCCAAGUUUUACCGAAGUCGCUAUUCUCGGCUACGUUGAUUUCGCGUCCAUUAUCAUCGCGAUCGGUAUUACUAUUAUUGGAACAGGUAUCGAUGCGACCAACUCCCCCGGUGGUCUGAGUGGUGUUGCAUGGUCUGCUUGGCCAAAGGAAGGCCUUAACUUCGCCGAAGCUUUUAUCGCUAUCUCGAAUAUUGUCUUCGCAUACAGCUUUGCGAUGUGCCAGUUCUCCUUUAUGGAUGAGAUGCACACCCCUAGUGACUUCAAGAAGUCCAUCUGGGUCCUUGGUAUUAUUGAGAUCAUCAUUUAUACCCUUACUGGCGCCCUGAUCUACGCUUUUGUUGGCCCUGAUGUGUCUAGCCCAGCUUUGACUUCCGCUGGUCACAUGCUUGGCCGUGUCGCAUAUGGGGUUGCCUUGCCUGUUAUCUUCAUCAGUGGAUCAAUUAACACCGUUGUCUUUGGUCGUCUGGUUCACGGCCGUAUCUUCGCCAACUCUCCGAUUCGGUUCAUUAACACCAAGAUGGGUUGGAUCACCUGGCUCAUCACCAUCGCCGCUGCCACCAUCAUUGCAUUUAUUAUUGCGGAAGUUAUCCCCUUCUUCGAUGAUUUGUUGUCGAUUUCUUCUGCUCUCUUCAUUUCAGGCUUCACAUUCUACUUCCCUGCGUUGAUGUGGUUCAUGCUUAUCAAGAAGGGUAGCUGGAAGGACCGUGAUAACCUGCUGUUGGCCAUUAUCAACGCUAUCAUUCUUGUGAUUGGCCUUCUUAUUCUAGUCGCCGGCACCUAUUCCAGUAUCUACGAUAUCAUCCAAAACUACAAGAAUGGUGAUGUACGAGGUGUCUUUACUUGCGGAAGCCCCUCCACAUGA